AUGGAAGAGAAGAGCAGAGUAUUGGUGAUCGGAGCAACAGGAAGAUUAGGGAACUACUUGACCCGUUUCAGCAUCCAAUCGGGUCACCAGACUUUCGCCCUCAUAAGAAACUCUGCUUUCUCCGAUCCUUCCAAGUCCGUUAACCUUGAAUCUCUCUCCUCCGCCGGCGUCACUCUCCUCAAAGGUCCAUUAGAAGAUGAAGUAAGCUUAGAAGAAGCAGUGAUGAAAGUAGAUGUAGUCAUCUCUGCGAUUCCAUCAAAACACGUUCUUGAUCAGAAACUCCUCAUCAAUGUCAUCAAACGAUCUCCCUCCAUCAAGAGGUUUAUCCCUGCUGAAUACGGAGCAGAUCCGGACAAAAUACAAGUCUCGGAUCUUGAUCACGGCUUCUACUCAAAAAAGUCUGAGAUAAGACGUCUUGUGGAAUCAUCAGGGAUUCCUUACACAUACAUUUGCUGCGGAUUGUUCAUGAGGAUUCUACUUCCAUCUCUUGUCCAACCGGGUCUUCAAUCACCUCCAAUGGAUAAAGUCACCCGUCUUUGGAGAUGGAAACGUUAA